UUGGGCUUGCCUGUGGUUACCUGAAGUUAAAGGAGGAAGUAAUUUAGGUUUUUUUCUUACUUUAUAGCCGUAUUUUGUGAGAGGAGCCUCAGAAGAGAAGAACAGACGGGACUUGUUUCUGGAAGGCAACAUGAAUACAUACAACUGUAAGACAGUAGAUGAGGAAUUACUGACUGAUAACAAUUUCCUCACUAUUUUUUACAUCUUUACAUUUGCUGUUGGAUUGAUCCUGAAUGUUUGUGGAAUGAUUUGCUUAGUGAAAAACUGGAAGAAACUUCGGAUGACUAACAUCUUUUUUCUGGACCUCGCAAUAACGAACCUGUUGUUUUUGACCACUCGCCCCUUUAUGAUUGUGUACUACUUAAAUAAGAUUACAUGGACCUUUGGACAAACUUUAUGCAAGGUAACAAGAUUCUGCUUUAAACUGAAUUUAUACGGCAGCAUCGGAUUCAUCACAUGUAUCAGUGUGUACCGGUACCUGGCCAUCAUCCAUCCAAUCAAAAUGAUGAGAAAAUUAUCUAGGACUCACUCUGUGAUCAUCUCUGGCCUGGUGUGGAUUCUGGCGAGUGUUGGAAGUCUUCCUGAUGUAAUCUACCCCAAACAAUCAGGGAACAACACUGAAACAUGUCUUCCUGCCACUGAUGAAGACCACAUUGAAGGAUAUUUUAUAUACAACCUCAUCUGGACAAUCUUUGGAUUCUGCAUCCCUUUCAUCAUCAUUGCUGGCUGCUAUGGACAUGUGGCUCUUGUCAUUCGCCGCUCAAAUAGGAUGAGAAAGAACCAUAAACGAAAAAUAUUAAAACCGUUGGUUAUUUUGAUUCUUCUCUUCUUGCUUUGUUACACACCUUACAUUGUUUUGAAGAACCUCAGUUUGUAUGCCAAACAUGUGGGGUUUAACUACCCACCAUGCCCUGCAUGGUAUGAUGAAGUCUUUACUGCACGUCAUGUGAGUCGUGGUCUUGUGAGCCUGAACAGUGCUCUUAACCCUCUGAUUUACAUGUAUUUUACUGAAGAAAUUAGUGCUCAGUUCAGGCAGCUGUUGCAGAGAUGCCAACAGAUGUUCAGUUGCUGUUUCAAGCUGAAAUCCGGCUCAGAACCAGUACCACACACUGAGGAAGAAGCUUAAAGUGCUUUAUGACAUGUUUCCUCUCUAUUUUUGUAAUUGACAAUGUCAUGAGUAAAAUCUUUGCUCUGUA